GCGGUUUCAGCCAAAAUGGCUUCUUACUCGAUGUUGUGUGAUGUUAUUGAGUCGCGAGUUAAAGUUAAAACACGACCUAAACACGUUAGAGUUAAAAAUCUGACUAUCCAUCUAUCUAUCACGUAUCCAGGAUAUGUCCCAUCCUAAAGCAUACUGAGGGAAGAUGCUCCGUCUGGUGUCUCUUUGGAGGAGGUGGCGAUACCCAUUAGCUCCUCUGCAGAGACAAUGGUGCUCAGCUGCAGGUGAACCCAAAGUGCAGGAGCGCUCCAGUGAGACUCGUUUGAGCCCCCUCAACAUCCAGAUGCUCUCCAGGAAUCUGCACGAACAAAUUUUUCGCUCCUCAACUGUAGGAUACUCAAGUCAUGACAUAGAGCAAAGCAUCAGACAUUUAGAGAAGCAUAAUCUCUGGGGAAAGGAAGCGUCACUGUUGAAUAAUGUGGAACUGAAGUUACCAAAUAUUUAUGGCAAAAACAUUGAUGACCACUUUUGUAAGCUUGCACAAACGCAAAGCCUGCCUUACUUGGAGGCAGCGAGGGAUCUGCAGGAAGCGCAAAUACCUGAAAUGCCCUCACAGUGGGCUUGGGAAGUGGGCUGGGUGAAGUACACUGGGCUGGGUGGCGAACAUACAAAGGUGGAUUUUCCAGAGGAGAAUGCUCUGGUGUUUGAUGUGGAAGUCUGCAUGGCAGAGGGCCACUGUCCCACACUGGCGGUGGCCGUUUCUCCAAAUGCUUGGUAUUCGUGGUGCAGUAAAAGGCUGAUUGAGGAGAGGUACAGCUGGUCCAGUCAAUUGACACUAGCAGACCUGAUUCCUCUGGAGACUGCAGCCAACUCCAGCAGGCCUCCAGGCGGACACUGGAAAGAGAGACUUGUAGUGGGACACAAUGUCAGCUUUGACCGAGCGCACAUUAAAGAACAGUAUCUCUUAAAGGGCUCCAAGAUGCGUUUCCUGGAUACAAUGAGCCUCCACAUGGCUAUCUCAGGACUGACAGGUUUUCAGCGGACCCUCUGGAUGGCCAGCAGGUUUGGCAAGAGACAAGGACUGCAUGAAGUCAAGCAGCACAUGAAGAAGCUUGGACGCCGCCCUGAGGGCCCAGCAAUUGGUUCUUGGGACUGGGUCAACAUAAGCAGUAUAAAUAACCUAGCUGAUGUCCAUGCUCUCUAUGUUGGAGGGGAUCCUCUGGAAAAAGAGGCCAGAAAUAUUUUUGUGAAGGGCAGCAUGAGUGAUAUUAGGAGCAAUUUCCAGGAGCUGAUGCAGUAUUGUGCAAUGGAUGUACUGGCUACUCAUGAGGUGUUUAUUCAACAGUUGUCCCUCUUUAUGGAAAGGUGUCCUCAUCCAGUGACUCUUGCAGGAAUGCUGGAGAUGGGUGUUUGUUACUUGCCUGUCAAUCAGAACUGGGACCGGUAUUUGGAGGAUGCCCAGGACACAUAUGAGGAGCUUCAAAGGGAAAUGAAAAAAUCUUUGAUGAUUCUUGCAGAUGAUGCCUGUCAGUUACUGCAGGACAACAGGUACAAGGAGGACCCUUGGCUUUGGGACCUAGAGUGGGAUGUUCAGGAGUUUAAACAGAAUAAAAUGACUGUGAGCAAGAGAAAGAAGGCAAAGCAGGAGGCUGAAAAAGCAGCAGCAUUAUCUGUACCUGGCAGCCUGAGAAAAGACUGGGAUGAGGAUCCAGGACCUCCGGAGGAAGAGGAAUGGACAAAGGACCCCAGCAGAGAGCUUGUGGAGUGGCUAAAGGGUACAGUGAGCUGCCUGCCGAAGAGGAGACAGCACAUGCCUGCACACCCAGCCUGGUACCGGAAGCUGUGUGUAAGGAUGACUGAGGAGGAGGACUGGUCUCCUGGAGCCACUCUGAUCAGCUUGCAGAUGAGAGUGACACCCAAGCUGAUGGGCCUCACGUGGGAUGGAUUUCCUCUGCAUUAUACGGAGAAACAUGGCUGGGGCUACCUUGUCCCAGGACGCAAAGACAACUUGGAGACCACAGAGGAAACUGAAGGACCUGUAUGUCCCUAUAGGGCAAUUGAGAACCUCUACAAAGAAUAUUGUGAUCAGAAAGGGAAGGAACAGCCCCAGUGUUUGGACAGUCUGCCCUCGGAUGACCUUAUGCUGACUAACAGCAGUGUGUGGCAAACAGUGGAAGAGCUGAGUCGGUUAGAGGUCGUUUCUGAAGAUGAGACCUUGCCAAAGACAACGAGGGCCAAAAAGACCGAAAGUCUGGACUCAAGUCAUGAGUGUCCCUAUCACCAUGGAAAUGGACCAUACAAUGAUGUCAACAUCCCUGGAUGCUGGUUCUUCAAGCUACCUCAUAAGGAUGGGAAUGAGAAUAACGUAGGCAGCCCCUUCUCUAAAGAUUUUCUGUCUAAAAUGGAGGACGGAACCCUCCAGGCAGGCAGAGGAGAAGCCAAUGCAGCACGUGCACUGGAGAUCAACAAAAUGAUCUCAUUUUGGAGAAACGCCCACAAGCGCAUCAGUUCUCAGAUGGUCGUCUGGCUACGGAGGGGAGAACUUCCUCGCAAUGUUAUCAAGCAUAAUGACUACAGUGAAGAGGGGCAAUAUGGUGCCAUUAUACCGCAAGUCAUUACUGCUGGGACAGUUACCCGCAGAGCUGUGGAACCGACAUGGCUUACCGCCAGUAAUGCACGGCGGGAUCGUGUAGGCAGCGAACUGAAAGCUAUGGUGCAGGUGCCUCCUGGUUAUCACCUGGUUGGAUCAGAUGUUGACUCACAGGAAUUGUGGAUUGCUGCUGUUCUAGGAGAAUCUCACUUUGCUGGCAUGCAUGGUUGCACAGCGUUUGGCUGGAUGACCUUGCAGGGGAAGAAGAGUCAAGGCACGGACUUGCACAGCCGCACUGCAGAUGCUGUGGGCAUCAGCCGGGAACACGCUAAAGUAUUCAACUAUGGCCGCAUCUACGGCGCUGGCCAGCCUUUUGCCGAGCGCCUACUCAUGCAGUUCAACCAUCGACUUAGCCAAGCUGAGGCAGCCAGCAAAGCAUGCCAGAUGUAUGCUCUCACUAAAGGACUGCGCAGGUAUUAUCCCUCAGAGGAAGGAGAAUGGCUAAUUAAGGAACUAGGUGUGGAUGUGAAGAGGGAUGAAGAUGGGACUGUGUCCAGAGAAGAGUUACGCCGCAUUUCAAAACUGCUCGGCCAGAGAUCUCGGAAUAAGAAGAAAUGGAAUAUUUUUGGACGGCGUGUGUGGACAGGAGGCACUGAAUCUGAGAUGUUCAACAAGCUUGAGAGCAUCGCUCACUCAAAGCAGCCAGCCACCCCUGUGCUGGGCUGCAGAAUCUCUCGAGCCCUGGAGCCAGAUGCUGUCAAAGAUGAGUUCAUUACUAGCCGGGUGAACUGGGUGGUGCAGAGUUCAGCAGUGGACUACCUUCACCUGAUGCUGGUGGCCAUGAAGUGGUUGAUGGAGGAGUAUGACAUAGAUGGGCGCUUCUGUAUCAGCAUUCAUGAUGAAGUGCGCUACCUAGUAAAGAGCGAAGACCGCUACAGAGCAGCACUUGCGCUACAGAUCACUAACCUCCUUACCCGCUGUAUGUUUGCCUAUAAACUGGGCAUGAAUGAUCUCCCUCAGUCUGUGGCGUUCUUCAGUGCUGUAGAUAUUGACAAGUGCUUACGGAAAGAAGUCAAUAUGGACUGUGUAACUCCAUCUAAUCCUACUGGACUGGAGCGUCGAUUUGGUCUGGCACAAGGUGAGGCCUUGGACGUCUAUCAGAUCAUUGAGGUUACUAAAGGGUCUUUGGCCAAAGGAAAAUAGUAUAAUACAUCUCUCCAGUAUAAAGAAAGAGAAAACACUGGAAAAGUCCAACUGCUAAACAUGCACAAUGUGGUGACUGAGGAUCUACAGGAAAAUCCAAAGUGAAAAUAUCUCUUUGUUCACUGUUUUCUUCUCUUCUUCUUGGGAGCUUGAUUCUCCACAGAAGCUUGAGAGUCAGUCUAACAAAAUAAAGAUAGCAGAUCAUUAAUAAGAAGAGCAAAAAUUGUUUCUGAGCAUGCAUCAUUCUGUUAAAUACCAAAGCUUCUUUUCAUGUUUGGAGAAAUAUUACAAUAAUUCAUGUGUUCUACUUUGUAUUUCAAAACUCUUACAAGAAGAGUGUUACAGUAUCCUUUACAAGGGUUUAUUUUGUUAUUUGUUGAUUUGACACUGGUGAUGUCAGAAAUAAAUAUUUAAACAUA